AUGAGCAGUCCUACUGUGCCGAUGAACCCUCAGCUGGAGCAGAUUCUGUCGAGGCCGGAGAACUCUGUGUGUGCGGACUGCAACGCCUCCAACCCUCGGUGGGCUUCAGUGAAUCUAGGUGUCUUCAUCUGCACUAACUGUGCUGGUGUUCACCGUGGGAUCGGUACCCACAUCACUUUUGUUCAGUCAGCAACAAUCGACCAAUGGAAGCCUGAAUGGGUGGCCUUGGCCGAUGCUGUUGGAAAUAAAGUUGCGAAUGAAUAUUACGAGUACAACGUGCCGUCGCAUAUCCAUAAACCGGAUGGGAAGAUGUUCCCCAACAGUGGUGGUGGCGAUAGAUUGGAUCCCGACGUGGCCCGGCAUCUAGAGCGAUGGAUUCGGAAUAAAUAUGAGCUCAAGCUAUUCGCUGACUACUCCGCUAAGGAGCCAUGCGUAGCGUUCGCAGAUGGGGAACUCGUCGGUCCCCUUGGGCUCCCUGGGCCAAGUAAUGUCAACCUUACAACGACACCGGUCGCUGCUGUGCUAGCAAACGGCUAUGUUGCUACGCCCGAAAAGGUAUCGAAAAAGAAGAAGCGAUCGAAGAAGUAUGAGUGGAGCGAGACGACGUCUGAAGGGGCCUCUCGCUUGUCUUGGAAGGAACAGGCUCAUGUCGAUGUAGCCCACUUGGACCCGCGGUAUCUUAAACUUGCCCCCUCCCAACAGGGUUGGCAGAAUAACUUCUUCAUAAGCUCCUGGAUAAGUGAUGUCUCGAGUGGUCAUGACCACAGUCGGGUAACCAUUUAA